AGAUCAGUGGUUGAACAUUACGAAGAGCAGCACAAGCUCCCAUAGCAAAUUUAGUACUGACCAAUUAUAAAGAGUAAAUAUAUAAGGGUUAGGGGUUUAAGAUAAGAUAAAUCUCUAAUAAAAUUGCACUGGAAAGAACCUGGUUCUUCAAUUUCUGUACAUCUUCUGGGAAUUAUCAGAUCUGAAGAAACUGAAGAGUGAAGUGUUAAUCGUUGAUAAGUGGGAGAAUUUUUUGGAUUCAGUGAACUGUAUGUUGGUUGUGGAGAAGAUCUAUGAUUUCUAGCGUUUUCUAAACCCCAAAACGUGACCUUUUUUUUCUGGAUUUGAGAUUCUGACCUCUGUACUGGAUUUGUUUGUUAGAUCUUCAGUUUUUUGAGAUAAAGUAGUCAGUUGAAUCAGUUAUUGUUUAAUUUAGAAAUGGAGACACUUGUUGUUGUUGCUCAGCAUAAGAAUCACUACUAUGAUAGAACUAAGGGUCAAGCUCCUGUUCGAUUUGGAUCCUUUGGGUCACCUCCUUCUGUAGGUUUCAAAGAGAUAAAUUGCCGGUCUUUUGAAUCAGGUGUCGGUAUACUUCCUACCCCAUUAAAGGCCUGCUCCACACCAGUCACUAAAAAGGCUUAUUCCUCCUCAUUUUGUUCGAAAACACCGUCACCCCCAUCGUCAAUCCCUGGUAAUUCUCAUUCCGUAGGUCAAAAGAAGUCGAAAAACUCAGCCCCCAGUAAUUCUAUUUCAAUACCUAUUGACAUCAAAUUGGGUGCUGAUUCGAGAAAGAAGAGGCCUUUGAAUGAUGAAUUUGCUUAUUCUGAACUCUGGGCUGGUCCAGCUUACUCAAACUCACCUCCACCUAGUUCUUUGCCAAUCCCAAAAUUUUCUGUUAAGCCUAAAAGGACUGUUUCCCUUGACCUGCCUACUUCACCCUCUGAUAUUGGUUUGCCUCCCUUUGCUAAAUCUGCACCUGCAUCCCCGACACGGGAGUGCAGCCCAUCUCCAGGAGGUUUAUCUGACGCUAUUGACUCUGCAACACAGACUCUCCGUCGCAUUCUCAAUCUUGAAAUUAUGGAUUGAUGAAUGUUUGGUGAGGGUUAGUAAAAGGAUAAAUAAGGCAGUUAUCUAGUUUGCAAGUAUCUUUUUAGUAGAUUGUAUAUAGGUGAAUAAAUCAGUCUUUAGCUUGACGUGGUAAUAGUUACUUAGCUUUUAUUGUGGUGCAUGGAGAACAGCUUUGGUUCAAUGUUGGAAGGGCUACAAUAGUUUUUAUAGUGGGUUGGUUACGGUUAUAAGAGAUGAACAAUGGCAGGUAGAUCAACAUUUCCUGGUAGAUUCAAAUUUGAUUAGUCUUAUGUGCAGACGUGGUUAAAUUUAGUAGUGGUGCAACAACAUGGAGUUAUGUUCUAGUGGAGGUCAAUGGACAGAAGAAGCUAUUACAGUAUUCGGUGUAUUGGCAGUUCUUUGCUGAGUUCGCAGGAUUGGUUGCCCAAUGAUCUUUUGAUGCUUUUGCAUAUCAUCACAUUACCUGUGAUGUAGAAUUCUCGUUCUUGAUUAUACUCUUCUUAAUAGGUUGUUUUCCCCUUUUUCUCUUCAAAGUCAGUUAGCUUUUGAGUUUAUCAAACAUAUUGUACAUAUACUAGAGCUCUGAUAAGAUUAGGUGGACAGCUAUCUUUCAGACUUUUGUUUUAUACUCUGACCAAAUUCUUGGCCCUCUGAUCUUGAAUUUAGGAUCCUUCUCUCUAUUUCUUUGCAAUUCAAUAUCAAAUCCUCCUACUGUAUAGAGUAUCAGGUACCUCUUACUCCUUACAAAUCCUUGAUGCCUGAAUUGGCUGGUCAGCAUUCAUUUCAUCAGUGUUCUCGUUUUUUUGUUUUCUUUAACCCUGAAUAGGAUUUAACUCAAUACUUUCCUCCUCUCAAAGUUGUUUUCCCCUUUGCCAUUUUCUGUUUUUUGGAAUGAAAAUUGGUAAAGCGGGAAGUAAAAUUAGUUAUAUCCUUUUCUGCUCCUGCUCUUAGGUAAGUUGCCUAUUGAGCAUUCCUCCUAUGAGUCCAAUUAGUUCUCCUAAGUGGUUGUUCCUCUUGUUUAUCUGCUAAAAGUUUCAUUUUGCCUCUGGAGAUUGUUGAUCAUACCUGACUGUUUGCAAGAACCUUGUUUGGAGUCCGAAGAAGAUUGUUGAAGAGGCUGUUCUCCAGUUUGCUAGUUGGUAGCGUUUGUCUUAUUUCGUUGCGACUUUAGUAGGGAUUUUCUCCAAGUACUUGCAGAACUGAUACUAUGCCAUGAUUUUCUAGUUAUGUUAUAUUUGCCUUUGUUUGAAGUAUCAAUGUUAUGGUUACAAGGUUAACCUUGGUGAUAUAGACAGUGGAAGUUACUUCUGUU